GGAAACGUCUCGCUCAUUUUGUAAAGUAUUUUGUAAAACUUCAAGAUGCUUUGGCGCUGCGUUAUCUGCCUCGUUUUCCUCACUUUUUCACUGAAACAGUUAUUGAGCCAUAUUAAUCGAAUGCACAGCCGUAGCCCUGAUUUCAGGUUGCUGUGUGGUAUUGACGGAUGCACUGAGGAAUAUCGAGUGUAUAACUCAUUCUAUCAUCAUGUGAAAAGAAGACACUCUCAACACCUUAUUGAAAGCAACAGACCAGGCGAUGGCAACCAUGUAGGUGAACAGCCACAGGAGGAGAGUCAAGGAACACACCAGCAACAAGACAACAUUCAACCCAAUCAACUUCCAGAGGACUCUAGUAUCACCAAUCAACAGCUCUGUACACCUGAUACAGAUGAAGGGCAAAUGGACAUUAACCAAGAUGGAGCUGCCACAGUACAACCAGAUCUGACAACACAGGCCACUGCCUUUGUCAUAAAUGCCCGGGCCAAACAUCGUCUCUCACAGAAAGACAUGAAUGACAUUGUUGCUGGAGUGCAGCAGUAUCAGUCAUCAUUGUUGGACAACCUCAGGGGGCAGAUGAAGCAAGUACUAAAGAAUCAUUCAGGAAGCACAUCAGGACACCUUCAAAAAGAAGUAAUGGGCAUAUUUGAUAAUUUUAUUGACCCUUUUGCAAGUGUUGCAACAACAUUUCGACAGAACAGUGUUAUUAAGAAGCAGUUCAGUGUUGUGGAUGCAGAAGAAAUUCCAAUUGCUCGAAGCAUAUGCAAGACGAAACGUGGAGGAUCUAAAGACUUUUUCAUCAAAGACAAAGUAUUUCAUUAUGUACCAUUAGUCAAAAGUCUAGAACAGUUCUUAUCACAUCCAAGGAUAUGGUCUAUGAUUGACAAGGGACCACAGAGGUGCAGAGAAGGGUUUUUGUGGACAUUGUUGAUGGCACCCUUCUAA